GGGAAUCAAAUUAUUUUACUCCGCUUGUUCAGAACCCAGAGCAGAGGGAUUCUUCGGAAAAACAAGUAUCUUAGUGCUAAAAAUGGAUCACAAUCUGAGAGAUGCUUCUGAGCAAGGAAACAUUGACGCCUUAUACUCGUUGAUUGCAAUUGAUCCGAAAGUUUUGGACAAGAUCGAUGAGAUUCCAUUUGUUGAGACCCCUUUACACAUAGCUGCAGCAGCAGGACAGACCCAGUUUGCCAUGGAGAUGAUGAUGUUAAAGCCAUCAUUUGCUAGGAAGCUUAGCCCAAAUGGGUUCACCCCUGUGCUCCUUGCUAUGCAUAAUAACCAAACCCAAUUGGUGCGCGAGCUGCUUGCUGUUCAUACGGACCUUGUUUGUGCACAAGGAAGGGGUGGUAUGAAUCCUUUACAUUAUGCAGCUCAAACAGGAAACCUCCAUCUGUUGACUGAAUUUCUAAGAGUCUGCCCUAAGUCUAUUGAAGAUGUGACAAGUUUAAGCGAGACUGCUAUGCACAUUGCACUGAAAAACGACAUGUUAGAUGCUUUUCAGCUCCUGGUUGGAUGGCUUCGGCGGGCCGUGUUUAAAAAUGCUGCAUUCUGGGAGAAGAGGAUGCUGAAUUGGCUGGAUUUGGAUGGUAACUCUGUGUUGCACAUUGCAGCAUCCAAAAAUGAACCCCAGGCAAUGAGGUGGUUAUUGGAUUGUAGAGUCCUUGUAAACCUCAAGAAUUUAGAGGGUUUUACUGCUCUAGACAUCGUGGAAGAGCAAACACAAGUGGACAACCAAGAGAUGAGGAAGAUGCUAUGCCGUGCAGGAGCUCUAAGUGCUUCAUCACUUCCCAAGGUUGCAUCUUUUGCAGAUUACUUAAGAUAUCCUAUCCCAAUUAAUGAGAAGUUAUACAUAUGCUUCUUUCGUCAGAGAAUGCUAAUGUCAAACGACAUGCGCAAUAUGCUGCUGGUGGUUGCUGUUUUGCUUGUAACAGUCGCCUACCAAGCAGUACUCAGCCCUCCAGGAGGAUUUUGGCAAGAUAACUACAUCCCUGGAGCCAAUACUCAGUCGAAUAUCACAGCCGCAACCGGCGCUAGAAAUGGAGCUAGUCAAGUCGUCCCACACCAGGUGGGAACAGUAACCAUGGCCAGGCACUUUUUCCAUCUACUCUUGGGUAUAAAUACUUUACCAUUUUAUAUACCACUACUCUUGAUUAUCUUAGUCCUCCCUCCUGGUCUUCCUAGUUUCCUGCUCAUCAUAUCCUUUGGACUCCUCUUUCUGUCCUAUGGCACUUCUAUAUCAAUCACAGCUCCACUUCCAAGUUAUUGGCUUCAUUAUUUUUUGUUUUUCUCUUUCUCUCUUGUGUCUAACAUUGCCUUGUAUGUAGUCGUCACUUGGAAGCACAUGGAAGAGUUUUUACGGCUUUUUUAGAUGUUGAAAAAGUGCUUGGCCGGCCCACCUUUUCUUAGGAUGGUGGUGCUCAUCCUAAUCGCCCAGACUGCGACUUGCAGAGGUAAGCAGUUGAAUAAUUCGUUCAAGAAAUAAGAAUUGGUGUAAACAAUUAGGCCAAGCUGCACAUCUGGAAUGUGUUUAUGAUGAUUCAUCUAGAUAUCAUUGUCAACUCUAAAAGUAUCAUUUAUUCUUUGGUUAGGAAAACGAUAUUUAUUCUCUCAAUCUACCGCUCAAUUUGUUUUUCAAAUGAUAUGUUGGGAAUUUUUUUGUUAAAAUGGUUACAAUUGUGCCUUGCAAAUGACCUCUUUUCCAUUCAAACUG